AGGAAUAAUUAUUUUCAACAUUGUCGAAAAAAUUAGUUUCAAUCGUUGUAAUUGAAUAGAGUGUGAUUUGAGUUGAGUCGUCGUUAUAUGAAGUAGGAUAUGAAGAAUGAACAUAAGAUUCUCGCAAUAUCAUUGUGUUUUUUCGCAUCAAUGAACGAAAUAAUUCAUUGUCAAGAUACUUGUAACCCAUGCACGGGUGCCGUGAUUGGUUACUGUUGUAACAUCAAUAAUUUGUGUUGUGAUGUAGUGGAGCCAAGUCAGGUGCCGAGGCUUUGUCCGUCUUUAACCGAUACUAUGUCAAGGGAAAUUUGUAGGAAAAGUGAAAACAGAUGCAAUAAGAGAUCUGAAUGCCCACACCCAAACAACCAGGAUUGUUGUCCUACACGCCACUGUGGAUCUGCUUGCGUAGAUAUUAAUGGCGCAUCGAAAACAUAAAUGUUUCUGAGAGAAACUAAACAUUGUACGAAUAA